UACAUCGACUGAUGAUAGUGCUAAAACUAUUAUUCAGCAAGCAUGUAUCCUAGAAGAAUCUCAAGAUGAAGAAGAUACGGAAGAAUGCAAUAAAACACAUGAAAAUAUAGUAAUAGAUUUACAGAAA